GUGCUGCAGUGCUCUGCAUUGUUGCCAUGGCAGAAAUCUCCCCAUAGUAAUAACCUCUUUCAGAGAAGGUUAAAAAGAGACAGUGCACAUGCUCAGAAAUGCUGCACUUGUUCUGCUAGCAGUUUGCAGCGGCCAUUUCAAAGAGACCAUCACAAAGACGAGAGAGAGAUCAGCCAUUCCCAAGAUGCUGGCACCCUCCCUUCUGAGAAGAGUGGUCCUUACAAUUCCUUUAGUCUUUGUGGUUGCACUGCUGCUUGUGGAGCCUGUUAGAUGUGAUCAAGAAGCGGGAACAGCCAUACCAGCUGAAAGUCGUCCCUGUGUUGACUGCCAUGCAUUUGAAUUCAUGCAGAGGGCUCUGCAGGAUUUAAAGAAGACGGCAUAUAACCUAGACACACGGACAGAAACUCUGCUUCUUCAGGUAGAAAAGAGAAACCUAUGUGACUGUGUAACUGCAAACUUGCUGAACUGAAUCCUGGAGGCCAGCUAAGGAGCAUCACCUCUUCAGCGGUGUUUGAAAUGCAGCUGUGUAAAAGACAGCCUUAUGGAAUUCAUGUUGCAAGCAUGUAUGCCCCAAUGUACAGAGGAAACUGGAGAGCUGUGUUUUAUGUAUUUGUCUAUUCUGGGCUUGUUUUUGUUUGUUUUUUUUUUUGUAAAGAGUACUCUUUUCACAGCCACUGGGUUACCAGUAAAGGCUCAGCUCAGUGAAUCUGUUACUUGGUAUUGAAGUGCGGGAGAAAUUUACCUGCUUUGACUUUUAAAUGAGACUUGGCCAAGUGUAACCCACAAGAUAAUUAUGGCCAGCACUGCUCUAGUGGUGCUUGCAGCUGGCUUUUGUCUCUAAUAUGAACAUGUAUCUAUCUGUGGCAACUUACCCAGUUAUAUUGAGACAGGACGUUGUGGUCUCUGUAGGCUUUGCCUGUGUAUUAAAGAUGAUGGAAGUCCUUUCUGUUUACUGUCUGCACUGAGUACAUAUCAGGCAUGUUGUAGUUCUGUCAGCUGUAAUGAGGUAUGUGCCAUGAGGAGUUAUAUGUGUGCUGUACUUGGAGCAAAACAGUUUAUAUCUUAGUGCUGAGUUUCCUGGUAUCCUGCAUAAGAGUAUUGUCUUCUUUAAUUAAAACCUUUAGUUUCUUCUA